AUGCCAGACGCUGUUGAUUACGUAGUGGAUUCAAUGACACAGUCAGCUGAGAAGGUGAAAAAAGAUGUAGUGGAUACCUUCAACAAGGCUGUUGAAACAUCAGACAACUUUAAGGAGAAAGUCAAGGAAACAUUUAAUCUGGUAUCAGACACUACAAAAAAUUUCUCCGAGUCAUUUACGUUCGAUAACGUAUCAGAAGGUGCUAAAAAAAUGGCAGAUACAGUCUCAGGAUCCCUCGACAAGAUGCCAGAAAAGGUUAAGGAAACACUUAAUAUGGUAUCAGAGGGAGCACAAGAUCUGCUUGGAAAAGUUAAGGAGAAUGUGGGAGGAUUUUUGGAUAAUUCGGACAAAAAAACAGAGGAAACGUCCGCAUCUGAAAAUCCAGAGUAUGUAGAAGAGGAGGAGGUUGUGGAAGGCGACUGGAAAGCAAGAAAGGUCGAAGUCAAGGAGAUUAAGGUGGAGACUGGAGAGGAAGAUGAAGAAGUGUUCUGGAAGCAGAGGUCGAAGCUCUACAGGUGGGCAACAGACACGGACGGAACCGGAGUGUGGAAGGAGAGGGGACUGGGAGAGUCCAAGCUCCUGAAGCACAAAACGACUGGAAAAAUUAGGUUCUUGCUGAGACAGGAGAAAACCUUCAAAGUAGUCGCAAACCACUACGUUCUGGAGAGAAACGGACUCUGCAAACUCACUCCGAACGUAGGAAGUGAUAAGAUUUGGGUAUGGUCUGCGCACAACACUUUGGACGAGGAAAGUAAGCUUGAGCAGUUGGCACUGAAGUUCCCGAACGUAGAUCAGGCCAAGUUAUUCAAGGAAAAGUUCGAGGAGGCAGCGAAGCUCAACGAGCCACUCUUUGGCGAAUCACAGUAA